CGAGCUCAUGUUUUCAUUUUGGUUGCAUUUUAUGCGAUUUUACUUUACUAGAAAUCGUGGAAUAAAGCAAGGUAAAAUGUAUAAUAUAUCAAUUUCUUAACCGAAGAAGUUGAAAUGGCAACAGCUUCAUCUUUAGACAGCGUUGCAGAAAUCGAAGAUUUGCUCACAUGUUCGAUUUGUUCGGAGACGUUGAGCGAGCCUCGAAGCUUGCACUGUUUUCAUAAUUUUUGUAAAGAAUGUUUGGGAAAAUACGUCGAACGUCUUCGAGGACCUGACAAGGACAUCGAGACAUUCCCAUGCCCUACAUGUCGCUCGGAGUUUACGCUUAAAUCAAACCAAAAUGUCGCCGACUUGGCAAGCAAUUAUUUCAUCAAGAAUAUGCUGGAAAUUAUGGCGAUUCAACGACAAGCGAAAGCUGCCCGUUGUUCGUCAUGUCAGGAAACGGCGGUAAAUCGUUGUAUGACCUGUGAAAUGUUUAUGUGUGAAAAAUGUUCGAAUUAUCAUUCGAUAUGGCCGGUGAUGAAAGAUCACGAUGUAUUGUCCGUCGAGGAACUGAGCAAUCCUCAAAGUCAAGUUAAGAUGAGAAGCAAGCUUUACUGCGUGAAACACAAAGACAAAAUACUCGAAUAUUAUUGCGAAACAUGCAAGGAACUUAGCUGUAUACAUUGUAUGGUUUUAAAUCACAUCAAACAAAACCAUUCCUGCGUUUCCGUGGAGGAAAUCGCACAGAAACAAAGGGAAAUAUUACAAGGAAGCUGUACAACACUUGAUGAAAAAGUAUCUGCAGGAAGGCAAGCAUUGAAUGCUGUUGACGAGGUCAUGAAAUCACUUGAGGCAAAUGCAAAGAAUGCCAAAGAUAAAAUUAAUGCACAGAAGGAUAAAAUCCUGACGAGCAUAACAGAAAAGCUUGAGGUCCAGGCUAAGAAAUUGUCUCAAGAUGUGGACAAUGUUUAUGGUGAAUUGUAUGGUGAAUUAACCAAGCAACAUGGGGAAAUCAAAGAUUAUCUUGAUAAAGUCCAAGGUUCAGUGUCAUUGCCGAGGAAUCUCUUAAAGAGAGGGAGUAUUGAAGAAAUUGUCUCGUCUCAGAAAGUGAUUGAUGAAAAUAUUGAGAAAUUAGAAAAUGAGCAGCCUGAAAAUCUUGCACCAAUAAAUGAUGGUGGUGUCCAGUACAUAACACGGAAUAUUGAGAACAUCAAUUAUGGUGAUAUUGUGGAUAAACUUGGAAAUAUAAACUUAGGUCAGUAUAUAUUUAGCACACUAAAUAUAUACAUAAGAUCAAAAUAUUUCCCCCUGCAGCAGCAGCAGCAGACACUUCAUGAAAUAUUGGCGGUGGGGGUUGGGGGGGGGGGGGCGAAUUAGAUUGGCAACAACAUAUAAUCAAUCACACUUUUUUACUGGAAAUCUUAGUUCUUUAACUUUUUUGCCUUACUUUUCAUGCUAUAUUUUUAUAAUUAUAGUUUUCAAUAGUUUAUAGCCUUAACCAAUGCUUUCAGAAAUAUUGUUAGUGGGCAGUUCCCCUGGCCCCUUGAGUGUAACCAUAUGUAAUAUGCCAUGUUCCAACAAUAAGAACAUGAUGAUUUGAUGCCUCCUGUUUCUGUCAAAUAGCACCGCAGGAUGUAAAUUGUAUGCAGUACUGUAAACCUCCGACUAUAAGCCCUGGGCUUCUAUAAGCCCUGGGCUUCUAUAAGCCCUGGGCUUAUAUUAUUUUGUAAGCGAUUUUUGAUGGGCUUAUACAAAGGUGGGCUUAUAUACGGGGGUCUUAUACAUGGACGAUUUUUUGUGUUAGUGUAAUAGUAAUAAACAAGUAUAGUAAUAGUGAUAAACAUGUGUUAAACAAGCAUAGUAAUAGUGAUAAAUAGUCUUAAUAGUGAUAAACAAUAUAGUGAUAAACAAGUGGGCUUAUAUUCGGAUGGGCUUAUAUUCGGGGGAGGGGGCUUAUAUUUGGAAUGAGGUGAGCGUUAGUACAUGUGGUGGGCUUAUACACUGGUGGGCUUAUAUUCGGGGGGGCUUAUAUUUGGGGGGGGGCUUAUUUUUGGAGGUUUACGGUACUAGACUGACUCGGAUGUGUUACUAUAAGUAUUGAGUGGCAGCACUCUCCUCCUGUCUAGCAUUAGACAUAGUAAAAUAAUAAAGUAGGGCGCAUCUGGGCGCAUUGCCACUAAAAGGGUUAAUUAAGGAAUGAAAUCCCAGAAAUCUUGUGGCCCUACGAUUUACCUUCUACAGGUAAAUAAUGUCAGGCAAUUUCCACCAACGUUGAGCAAAUUUUUGGCUCCCCGCCUUCCUUCCUAAUUCCCCCUCCCCCCAAUAUUCCUAUGCUAUUCAUAUCCAUAUCCCACACAUUUUUAGAUGAUUUUGGUCAAUUGCAUCAAAAGUAAACCUGAUUGGUGCAUUCACACCUGAAGUUUGUCAAUUAUACAGGAAGUUAUCUAGUUGUGAAAGAACUCCAUAGAAUAAAUUGGUUUGUGUGAGCAACUAUUAGGGAUGAAACGGAUUUGGAUAAUGUUAUCCAUUAAAAAAUAGAUGUCUGGCAGUAUCUGGUGUCUGGCAAAAUUUGGCCAGACAUUUACUGGAGACUUUUAUUAGAACUAUUUCAUGUCUUUUUUGUGUGUUAAAACAGGAACACUUACAUGUACUGUACAUGAAUUGCAUACAUGACAUGCAGAAAACGUUUUCGAGAUGUAAACUGCUUUCUGCUCUAACAUUUUGUCUUUAUUUUUAGCUGAACAACUGGCAGAUGAUUUACGGCCAUCAGGUGAUUUAGAAUUAUCUAGUAUUUUAAAAGGAGAGAUUGCAUUCAUUCAACAACUACAGAAAUGGUUGGGAGAGAAGUGUAAAUGGAACCUUUGCUAUCGAGCAUCUCGAGAUGGCUGGAGUGCCAACGAUUUUCACAGACAUUGUGACAAUAAAGGACCUACAGUGGUUUUGGUGAAAGCCAAUAUAAACUGUAUUUUUGGCGGAUACACUGACCAAAAUUGGGGAGGUAUAUUUUUUUGUAUGCAUCUUGCUUUUUCAGGAACUUUUUUAAUCAAAGAGUCGCUCCCAGUGUAGGUAGUGUAGAGUACAAACUUUUGCAGUUGAUACAACUUUUGAAUUUUGGUCAGGCCACUCAAAAUUAGAGUUUAGUUUCCCGUCCGGCCCUUAUUUCAAAUUACACGCGGGCGCGGGCGGUCCAUUUCCAUUAUCCAUUAUGGUGUCUGAAAGAUGAAACAAGACCCAUUAUUUCAUGAAAUGGAUAAGCGUUUAAAAUAUCCAUUCAGCCACGUUUCUACGAAAUGUUUUAGUUUUUUGUAUGCAGAAAUGAAAGCUAAGAUAUUAAUCAUGUCAUCUUUUACGUUCGAAAAUCUAAACUUGUAACGGGAGUGCCUAGCUCAGCAAACGGCAAUAUUGACAAAAGUUUCAAUAUUAAUGUUAUUUCGAUUUUUACAUCUUAUGUACGUAUUUCUUGAAGUUCUUGAACGAUAGAUCAUUUGAAAACUGUGGAUUUUCGUUUUUGUUAGUUACAAAUGUCAAAUAAUGGAAACAAGUUAGCAAUAAUGGACAAAUCAUGCGCCGUGGGCGGAAGACGGGAAACUAAAGUCUACUGUAGUUUGGAGUGGCCAAAAAAUUUUCGGAUCAAUACUGUUACUCCUGAAUGAACACUUGAAUAACUAUUCAUGAAAACUUUACUUUAUUCAAUUCUUAUGAAGAACAAACACAUAUAUAUAUAUAUAUAUAUAUAUAUAUAUAUAUAUAUAUAUAUAUAUAUAUAUAUAUAUAUAUAUAUAUAUAUAUAUAUAUAUAUAUAUAUAUAUAUAUAUAUAUAUAUUAAUUGCCGAUAAGGCUCUCAGGCCAACGUUCAAAGAUUUGUUGACACUUAGUCUAUUAAAUGUUUACGCUAAACUCAGUCUUUUAUAAGCCCUCAGGCGAGCAAUUAACUUAAUAACAUUCAUAAUAAAUACAAUAAUUAGCAAUUGUAGCUACAAAUACUAUUGUACUAUUGUACUAUUGUACUAUUGUAACAAUAUUAUAUUGGCAUAUUUCAGUUAAAUCGUAUGUUAUUGUUAAUUUUUUACAUAUUUUGUUGAUUUAGGUUGCGAAGGAUGGACUCACUCUAAAUCGUCAUUUUUGUUUUCCUUGCGGAACAAAGACAACCUGGCUCCAUUUAUUGCCAAAAUUAAGGAAGGUAAUGAGGGGCAAGCAAUCUACAGUGC